AAGACAACAACGCAGAGCCUGAUCCUGCCCCCAUCCACGCCAGAACCGCUCACCGAGCCAGAAUCUGACCCAGUAUUUGACACGUUCAAAUUCUUCUGCUCGCAAUCCGUUCCUCUGCACCCUUCUACAAUUUUCCCUUGUGCAUCCUUUUCCUGACCGACUGAAUCCGCGCACCAGCAAACAUGUCUGUGGUGGGCUGCGAUUUUGGCAGUUUGAACACUGUUAUUGCCGUCGCAAGAAAUAGAGGUGUCGAUGUGAUCACCAAUGAAGUCUCAAAUCGAGCAACACCGUCGCUGGUAGGCUUCGGCCCAAAGUCACGGUACAUAGGAGAGCCUGCAAAGACAGCAGAAAUCUCAAAUCUCAAGAAUACUGUGGGCAACCUCACCCGCCUCGCAGGCCGCUCCUUCAACGACCCAGACAUCGCGAUCGAGCAGCAAUUUAUUUCUGCCCCGCUCUGCGAUGUCAACGGACAAGUGGGCGUCGAGGUUUCAUACCUUGGGCAGAAAGAGAAGUUCACAGCCACACAGCUGAUCGCCAUGUACUUCACAAAGGUCAAAGAGACGGCCGCGAAGGAGCUGAAGCUCCCCGUCGCCGACAUCGUUAUAAGCUGUCCAGCCUGGUACACCGAUGCCCAGCGGCGGAGUAUCCUUGACGCUGCGGAAAUUGCUGGCCUCAAGACGCUCCGUCUUAUCAACGAUACUACCGCAGUGGCCCUCGGCUGGGGCAUCACGAAGACCGAUUUGCCCGUAGGGGACGAAAAGCCGCGUCGUGUCGCGUUCGUCGACAUCGGAAAUAGCAACUACACUUGCUCAAUUGUUGAGUACAAGAAGGGUGAACUGACAGUCAAGUCAACCGCUUCGGAUCGACACUUUGGUGGCCGAAACUUCGACAAGGCGCUCGUAGACCACUUUGCGAAGGAGUUCAAGGAAAACUUCAAGAUCGAUAUCAACGAGAACCCAAAGGCACGCUUCCGGGUCCUUGCAGCUUGUGAGAAGCUCAAGAAAGUCUUGUCCGCCAACUCUUCGGGUCCUAUCAACAUCGAGUCGUUGAUGAAUGACGUUGAUGUCCGAGGCAUGCUCAAGCGUGAAGAGUUGGAAGAGCUCGUACGGCCACUGUUAGACCGUGUUACCAAGCCGCUUGAGCAAGCUCUCGCAGAAGCCAAACUGAAGCCAGAGGACCUGGACGCCGUCGAAAUGGUGGGUGGUUGUACACGUGUGCCGUGUCUGAAAAACGCAAUCCAGCAAUUUUUCGGCAGACCCCUUUCCUACACAUUGAACCAAGACGAAGCCGUCGCCCGAGGGUGCGCCUUUAGCUGCGCUAUUCACUCGCCGGUCUUCCGGGUGCGUGAAUUCGCCGUUCAUGACAUCAAUAACUACCCAAUCGAGUUCACGUGGGAAAAAUCUCCUGACAUCCCAGACGAGGAUACCAGCUUGACCGUCUUCAACAAGGGCAACGCGAUCCCAUCCACGAAGAUCUUGACAUUUUACAGGAAACAGCCUUUCGAUCUUGAAGCCAAGUACGCGAAGCCUGAGAUGCUACCCGGAAAGAUCAGCCCUUGGAUCGGCAGAUUCUCUGUCAAGGGUGUCAAAGCUGAUGCAAAAGACGAUUUCAUGAUUUGCAAGCUGAAGGCACGCAUCAACCCGCACGGCGUCCUUAAUGUUGAGCAGGGCUACUAUGUGGAAGAACAGGAGGUGGAGGAGCCGAUUCCAGAGUCUAAAGACGGUGAGAAAAAAGAUGGAGAUGCAAUGGAUACCGACGCGCCAAACGGCUCAGCAGACAAAGCGCCAAAGACGCGUAAAGUCAAGAAGCAGGUCCGCAAGGGUGAGCUGCCGCUUGUUGCUGGGACUGCUUCCCUGGACCAGGCCACCAAGAACGCUGCUGCGGAAAGAGAACACCAGAUGAUGAUGGAAGACAAGCUUGUCAAGGACACGGAAGACAAGAAGAAUGAGCUUGAGUCAUUCAUUUACGAACUUCGGGAGAAGAUUGAUGGUGUUUACGAUGAGUUCAGCAGUGAGGAAGAAAAGGAGAAGAUUCGUGCAAAGUGUACGGAGACUGAGGACUGGCUUUAUGAGGAGGGUGAGGAUACGACUAAGGCAGUCUACGUAGCCAAGAUAGAGGAAGUCCGCAGUGUUGCGGCACCUGUCAUUCAGCGCUACCAAGAUAAGCUGGAGGAAGAGAGACAAGCCAGGAUCAAGAAGGAAGAAGAGGAAGCAGCCAAACGACGCGCUGAGGAGGAGGCGAGAAGGAAGGCUGAAGAGGAAAAGAAGAAGGCCGAGGAAGAGGCCAAGAAGGCCGAGGAGGAGGCCAAGAAAGCUGCCGAGCCAAAGGACGAGGAGAUGAAAGACGUGGAAACCGAAGAAAAGGAGUGAAUCACUAGCUUAUGAGGUCACAUGAGAUAUGGAGUCGUUCGAGGAAUGAUAGACGGCGUUUCUGUAUUCCAGAGGAUAAGAAGCAAGUAAUGGAUAUGGUCAUGACGCGGCUCUGUGUAUGGCAGCAAUGCACAUGCACAGACCAUGGGUUUUAUGACUAGAAAAAGAUAAGUAUAGAUCAAUGCCUAACUUGCGCGUUAGAUUGGUUUCUUCUCCUCCGCACUGGCGUUAUAUCAACAUGGCACCACUUCUAACUUGGACGCCGAACCCGUCUUUUGAGUACAUUAAACGUUAGUAUAAGUACAAAAUUAUCGUACAGCAGCAAGCAGAUCGUCACAAGCUGCUGGGAAACGUAUCCC